AAAAAAAAAAAAAACAAUUAGGUAGCACAAUGGCUUCUGUUGCUUUGAAAGAUGAACUAGAUAUUGUUAUACCAACAAUUAGAAACUUGGAUUUCUUGGAAAUGUGGAGGCCUUUCUUUGAACAAUACCAUCUCAUAAUUGUUCAAGAUGGUGAUCCUUCAAAGACUAUUAAGGUCCCUGAUGGCUUUGAUUAUGAACUAUACAAUCGCAAUGAUAUUAACAAGAUCUUGGGUCCUAGAUCCUCUUGCAUUUCCUUUAAGGACUCGGCUUGUCGAUGCUUUGGAUACAUGGUUUCCAAGAAAAAGUAUAUUUACACCAUUGAUGAUGAUUGCUUUGUUGCAAAGGACCCAAGUGGGAAAGACAUCAACGCGUUGGAGCAACACAUAAAGAACCUUUUGUGCCCAUCUACUCCCAAUUUCUUCAACACACUUUACGAUCCAUUUAGGGAAGGCGCCGAUUAUGUGCGCGGAUACCCUUUCAGCCUCCGAGAGGGCGUCCCAACCGCGGUCUCCCAUGGCCUCUGGCUCAACAUUCCUGAUUAUGAUGCACCUACACAGCUCGUCAAGCCUCUCGAGAGGAAUACCAGGUACGUUGAUAUGGUGUUGACAAUCCCAAAGGGUACCCUGUUCCCAAUGUGUGGUAUGAAUCUGGCAUUUGACCGUGAGCUUAUCGGCCCAGCAAUGUACUUUGGACUCAUGGGAGAUGGACAGCCCAUUGGACGUUAUGAUGAUAUGUGGGCUGGUUGGUGCUGCAAGGUAAUUUGUGAUCACUUGGGAUUGGGAAUCAAGACUGGAUUACCCUACAUCUAUCACAGUAAGGCUAGCAAUCCAUUUGUGAACUUGAAGAAAGAGUACCUUGGGAUUUUCUGGCAAGAAGAAAUCAUUCCUUUCUUCCAGUCACAUACUUUCUCCAAAGACUGUACUACUGUGCAAAAAUGCUACGUGGAACUGUCCAAGCAGGUCAAAGAAAAGCUCGGUAAAAUUGACCCUUAUUUUCUGAAGCUUGCAGAUGCGAUGGUUACAUGGAUUGAAGCUUGGGAUAUGCUCAAUUCCCCUAGCAACGAUUCUGCUAAUGCCUCUUCAAAAUGAAAUUAUCAAUAUCAUUAAUUUAUGAUUAAGUGUGACUAGUAGCUAGAAUCGCGUGUUAUAAUCAAAUAAUAGACAUCAACUACGGUUUGAAUUGUCUUAUCGUGAGUGUAAUAGUAUAAGCCUGUCUGGUGGUGGUGUACUUGGUAGUAUUAAAAGAUUUCUUUUGAGUUUACACUAUUUGAUUUGUCAUAUGUAUCCUUUGUCAUAUUUUAUAAUUGUGGUGGUCUAGGUUUAGAGAUAUUUCGACUUGAUAGGUUGAUAAUAUCGUCAGUGGAUGUAAUCCUGUUUUAUCAUGUUAUUGUAAAAUGCAAUGAGCCAUAAUGUAAGUUUUCUACCCUUGUUUUCCACUUAUACUAAUGGUGCAUU